AUGGGUGAUUGGAGUUUCUUGGGCAACAUCCUUGAGGAAGUCAACGAGCACUCUACAGUGAUUGGCAGGGUGUGGCUGACUGUGCUCUUCAUCUUUCGCAUCUUGAUCCUGGGUACUGCGGCCGAGUUCGUAUGGGGCGACGAGCAGUCGGAUUACGUGUGCAACACACAGCAACCGGGUUGUGAGAACGUUUGCUACGAUGAGGCUUUCCCUAUUUCCCACAUCCGCCUGUGGGUUUUGCAGAUUAUCUUUGUCUCCACGCCAUCGCUUGUGUAUGUGGGCCAUGCCGUGCACCAUGUCCACAUGGAGGAAAAGCGCAAAGAGCGCGAGGAGGCUGAGCUGAGCCAGCAGCAGGAGACCAGUGAGGAGCGGCUACUGCUCGCACCUGACCAGGGCAGCAUUCGUACACCAAAAGAGACCAGCACCAAAGGCAGCAAGAAGUUCCGCCUGGAAGGCACACUUCUCAGAACCUACAUCUGUCACAUAAUCUUCAAAACACUCUUUGAGGUGGGCUUUGUUGUAGGUCAGUACUUUCUCUAUGGCUUUCGCAUCCUACCUCUAUACAAGUGCAGCCGUUGGCCUUGCCCAAACACCGUUGACUGCUUUGUCUCUAGACCUACUGAAAAGACAGUCUUCAUUAUUUUCAUGUUGGCAGUGGCUUGCGUCUCGCUUUUCCUCAACUUUGUAGAAAUAAGCCACCUCGGUCUCAAGAAGAUUCACCUUGUCUUCCGCAAGCCAGCCAGGUCGCAAAUUGAAGGACCUGGGGCAGGAGAGAAGCUGCACUCCAUGGCCAUCCAAAAAUCAAAAGGUUACAAGUUGCUGGACGAGGACAAAACCACUUCACAUUUCUUUCCCAUGAGUGAAGUGGUUGGCAUUGAGACUGGGAGGCUUCCUACCUGUUAUGAGUCUUUUGUGGGAAAGACAGAUGAAACAACUGCGCCAAGGGAAGACUUGUCGAAGGCAUAUGAUGAGACAUUACCCUCUUAUGUACAGACAACCAUGGUGGAACCGAGCAGAGCUAUCAGCACUAUUCAGGUGAAUGAGGACGAAAUGCUGGUGGAAGGAGACGUGGAAGCCAGUGAGACAAUAGAAGACAUGAGACCUCUCAGUAGUCUGAGCAAGGCCAGCAGCAGAGCAAGGUCAGAUGACUUGACGGUAUAA